AUUUAAAAGGAAGAACAGUGCGAAAAAAACGAUUCAAGUAAGAAAAGAAAGAGAAGAAGAAGAAGAAGAAGAAAUGUGUGGGAUUUUCGCGUAUCUGAAUUUCAAGGUAACCAGAGAGAGAAGAUACAUCUUGCAGGUUCUCUUCAACGGCCUUCGACGGUUAGAGUAUCGCGGUUACGAUUCCGCCGGAAUCGCCAUCGAUUCUUCUUCUCCUCCGCCACCGCCACCGCCACAAUGCUCCCUCGACGAUUCCGACGAUCUCACUCCCUCUCCUCCUCCGCUCGUCUUCCGUCGUGAGGGGAACAUCGAGUCUCUCGUCAAAUCCGUCUACCAAGAAGUUGAUGAAACGGAAUUGGACUUGGAGGAAUGUUUCGGCACUCACGCCGGAAUUGCGCACACUCGUUGGGCUACUCACGGUGAGCCUGCUCCUAGAAACAGUCAUCCCCAAACUUCUGGUCCUGACAAUGAGUUCUUGGUUGUUCAUAAUGGAGUUAUCACUAACUAUGAGGUUUUGAAGGCUACGCUGCUGCGACAUGGCUUCACCUUUGAAUCUGAAACGGAUACAGAAGUCAUCCCCAAGCUUGCAAAGUUUGUUUAUGACAAAGCAAAUGAAGCAGCAGGUGGUCAGGUUGUUACCUUCAGUCAAGUUGUUCUAGAAGUUAUGAGGCAUCUUGAAGGAGCCUAUGCCCUUAUUUUCAAAAGUUCACAUUAUCCUAAUGAACUGAUUGCUUGCAAGCGGGGUAGCCCACUUCUCCUAGGUGUUAAAGAAUUGACAGAAACUAAGGAAAAUGGUUCAGCCUUUGAGGACGACAAAUUCCUAUCAAAAGAUGGACGACCCAAAGAACUGUUUUUGUCCAGUGAUGCCAAUGCUGUGGUUGAGCAUACAAAGAAAGUUCUAGUUAUUGAGGAUAGUGAAGUUGUUCAUCUCAAGGAUGGUGGGGUUUCUAUUUUGAAGUUUGAUAAUGACAUAGGAGAGCUAGGAACUCCUCUUUCAAGAGCCUCUUCAGUGCGACGUGCAUUAUCCGUUUUAGAGAUGGAGGUUGAGCAAAUAAAUAAAGGACAUUAUGAGCAUUACAUGCAGAAGGAAAUUCAUGAGCAACCUGAGUCUCUGACAACCACAAUGAGGGGGAGGCUUAUAUGUCGUGGAUCUAGCAAAUCCAAGUCUGUUCUGCUCGGUGGAUUGAAGGAUCACCUUAAAACAAUUAGGCGAAGUAGAAGGAUAGUAUUCAUUGGUUGUGGUACAAGUUAUAAUGCUGCUUUGGCGGCUAGACCUAUCCUGGAAGAACUUUCUGGUAUUCCUGUUACUAUGGAAAUUGCUAGUGAUCUGUUGGAUCGGGAGGGCCCAAUAUAUCGCGAAGAUACAGCUGUUUUUGUUAGUCAAUCCGGUGAAACUGCAGACACUUUACUUGCACUGCAAUAUGCUUUAGACAAUGGCGCAUUAUGUGUUGGGAUAACAAACACUGUUGGUAGCGCAAUAGCAAGGAAUACUCACUGUGGUGUUCAUAUAAAUGCUGGAGCUGAGAUUGGUGUGGCAAGUACCAAGGCAUACACGAGCCAAAUAGUAGUUAUGGCCAUGGUGGCUCUUGCAAUAGGAGGUGAUACAAUUUCCAAUCAAGGGAGAAGAGAAGCUAUUAUAGAUGGUCUUUUUGACCUGCCAAAUAAAGUCAGAGAGGUGCUGAAGCUUGAUCAGGAGAUGAAGGAUCUUGCACAGCUAUUGAUUGCUGAGCAGUCACUUCUUGUCUUUGGGAGAGGAUACAACUAUGCAACUGCUCUGGAGGGAGCUUUGAAAGUAAAGGAAGUGGCACUUAUGCACAGUGAAGGGAUACUCGCAGGUGAAAUGAAGCAUGGCCCUCUGGCAUUAGUGGAUGAAAAUCUUCCAAUUGUUGUCAUAGCUACCCGCGAUGCUUGCUUCAGCAAACAGCAGUCAGUUAUUCAACAACUCCGUGCCCGCAAAGGUCGCCUGCUAGUUAUUUGUUCAGAAGGUGAUGCUGCUUCUGUAUGCCCCGGUGAAUCUUGCAGGGUUAUUGAAGUUCCACAAGUUGCGGACUGUCUUCAACCUGUAAUUAACGUAGUUCCGUUGCAGUUAUUGGCAUAUCAUCUGACUGUGCUGAGGGGAUUUAAUGUGGACCAGCCUCGUAAUCUAGCCAAGAGUGUUACCACUCAAUAAAGAAAUUUGGUGACUUCACUUUCUUAAUUUGAUUCUGACACAAAGUAAUAUCAAGAUCCUUAGAAAGCUCCCCUUGAUCUGCAAUUCUUUGUCUUAGACAGGGUGGCAUCCUAGUUGUAUUGUAAAUGAAUAGAUGUAGGCUUAAAGGUUUAUUUACAAGCCACCUUCUCACCAGGCAGAAUAGACAUCAACCAUUUCCUGAGGUAUUUGUGUUUGUUUGAUAUGGUUUAUUACAUCUUCGAUGUAUUUGAUUUGCUGAAUCCUGUAUUGGAUGCUUGAGCUCAGUAGCAAUCAGAAUCACAAAAACGAAAUGGACAUCAUUUUCCAUGGAA